AUGCUCAAGAUCAUGAAACUUCCGACCUUGUCCAGAUAUACCUACAUCUUCGCAGCCCUCAACGUCAUCCUCCUCCUCACCGGCGUCCUCACCCUGCUCACCGUCCUCGGCUGGCGACACCUGCUCGAACAGCCAGUCAGUUCAAAUCCGGACAUCUACACCCGACUCACCGUCAACGACAUGGUCAUCUAUGGCGGCUUUAUCGGCUCAGCCUCAACCUUCUUGACCGUCGCCAUCUCGCUCUGGACAUUCGCCACCCGGCCCACCCGAGACAAUGCCCAGACGCUUCCGCUGCGGGCCUACAUGACCAGUCUGAUCACCACGCUGCUCAUCACCCUCAUGGCCGCCUCGCUCAUCUGGUUCUCCACCCUCAGGGAACGCACCCUCUUCACCCCCGUCUGGGACGCCCUCCCCCUCCCCCAGAAGAUCUUCAUCCAGAACGACCUCAGCUGCUGCGGCUGGUUCAACGCUACCCUCGCCGGCCGAUUCAACGACGACCUCAUGGUCGGCUUCUGCGAAGACCCCGAUAUCAUCAAACCCAACCCCGACCCCAACGUCGUCCUGGGCUGUGUCGAUAAAUUCGACAAGAAAGCUGACGAUAUCCUGAAUAAUACCUUCACCCUCAGUUACGGAUUCACCGGCAUCCAAUUCUUCUUGUUCGUCACUGCCGCUGCGCUGGCCAACCUACGAAUCCAGCAAAAACGGUUCAUGCGCAUCGAUUAUAAGCUGCGGCACGGAAAAGGUGCAUUCCUGUAA